AUGGGAGACUGGGCGUUCAUUCCAUUCGGAGAUCCUAAGAUAGAAGAACUUUUGGAAAAAUACAACGCGAGAACGAUACCCGGUAUGCGCAUAAUCAAGCCAGAUGGAACUGUCGUAGUAAAGGAUGCUCGUACUGAAGUACAGGAAAAGGGCUCUGAUCCAGAAGCUUUAUUUGAAGAAUGGGAGGCAUUCUACAUGUAA